AUGCAGUCAAAGGCAAAUUCAUCAUCUACGUCUAAUACACACGUGCUCCUCUCUUCACGACGCAACAGUCGUCGCCCCACAUUAGAGGAGGAUGAACAGGAAGUUGCUGGUAUAGAGAUUGAUCGGGUUUCCUUUAUGAAUACCGCACUGCGAGCUCUUCCGGGGAAUACACUUCGUACCUUUUUUGCUCCCGUCAUGAAUGUCAAAUCUGUUUUCUUUAGACGUCGUCGACUCACACAAUUACACAUGACUUCUGACGCUGCAAAGAUGGAUAAAGUUUUUAAAGAAACCAUACGUGUGCUGACCAAAGCCUUGGUAGAUGCAUCUCUAGAGUUAUUUGAAAAUCCAAUGCCACUGGAGGAAAAAGAUCUAGCAACGGCUCUGGCUGGAAAAAUGACUCCUGUCUGUUAUGAACCCGGUGCAGUUCUUGUCUAUCCAGGUGAAUACCCAGAGACGAUGUUUGUGCAUGUGGUGUUGAGUGGUAGUGUACAGGUGGUGAGUUAUCAACCACAGAGUCGAAAAGGUGGUAUGGGAGAUGCCAGUAAAAGACAAUAUUUUGUUUCCAAUGAUACACUACGAUUAAAUGGAUCAUUAGGGUUUCAACCAGAUUUAUUUAAGUAUGUCACCAAUUCCACAGAAGUUACAAGUGAUACAACCAGUGAUGUGGCUUCUACUUCAAAUGUAUCUACAGCUAUUCAGAGAUCACUCCGUCGAGCCUCACGAAUGAUUGGACAACCAACAUUACUUCCAACACGUACAGAGUUGUGUCGAGCACCUUAUGUAUGUUGUGCAACGGAAGCACUUGGAUUAGAACCUUUUCGUCUUGCUACCAUUACAGCAGAAGCUACUGCACCUUCAGCCAAAGGAGAUGGUGGUUCUAAUACACGAAUAACUGAAACUAUGCGAAUUCGAGCUAAAGAUUUACAUGAUGCUCUUAUAGAACUUGCUAUUGGUAAGAACAAGAAAUCUAAAGCUAUCUCUUCUGGAAAUGUUUCACCACGAUAUAUGCCAAUGUUAGUAGAAUAUAUAGCAGCUGCACGUGUAAGAUCUGUUUCUCGUCAUUAUCCAUUAAAUGAAAUCCUUAUGCGUCAAAGUUGGUUAUUACAAGAUACACCAGCACAUACCAUACGAGCUCUUGUAACUCAAUUAACUCCCCGUUCAUACUUUCCAGGUGAAGUCAUUCUUUGCCCUCAUACGCAAAGCCGUCAAUUAUGUUUUCUUCGUCGUGGUAUUAUGACAAUAGAAGAACCUCCAGCUAUAGAUAAUUCCACUGAAGGACACUGUAAAUGUGGAAAUUCUAAUGAAAAGAGAAACAUAUUACAAGAAGUUCCUGUAGGGGCUUCUUUUGGAGAACUUUCUGUACUUUUUGGUGAGCCAAGACAUUUUGUUCUUCGAGCACAAACAACUUGUGAUAUUUGGUGUCUUUCUCAUCACAGUUUUGCAGCAACAGUAAGAAGAGACGAUGCUCUACGAGAAAGUUUACUUUCUAAAGCUGCUGCACUUCGAAUGAGAUGGUUAGGAGAACAAAGAUUUACACCAUCAUUAGCCCAAAAAUUACGUGAAUGCUGUGAACUUUUCCGUGAUGCAGCUGAUAGUUUUAUUUAUCUUAUACAAGAACGAAUAGAACCAGUUGUGUACCCUCCUGGAACACUACUUACUUCUACUUCUUCACGUUGUAGUGAAAUGUAUAUUAUUCUUCAUGGUAGGGUAACAUCUAUUGUUGAUGGUGUAGCAGAGUAUGGACCUGGUAGUGUUAUUGGUGAAUCUACUAUUAUUUCUCAUCGUUGGCCCUUGGGAUUGGUCUCAAAGUCUAUGGUAGAAGGAUGGAAGUUAGAUCGUAAAAAACUUCUUGACGCUUUACAUCGUAUUGAGAUAUUGCGUCGACACUCCGGUGAAGUUGGGGCACAUGCACCGCAGUUAAUGCAACAUGUCUUUGCCCCGCCUGUUCCUCCGUGUGAUGUGGAUGCGGUGGGACGUUCACGAAUGCCUUUAGUGGGUCCACCGCCACGUGGAGAUACGUAUUUGGAAUUUGCCCAGUGGCUGGCGGAACUACAAUUAAAGGCUCUUUGUUUCCGUUACCGUGAUUAUGUAAAGUGGAAUGAUAUUUCUUACACUACUUUACCUGGAGAACGUAGAAGGCAAUUCCUUACGGAACCAGCGAGUUCCGUUGUGGAUUUUAACUAUACUACCGGAAAUGAUACUACGGAUAUGGUAGUGGGUAGUGGUGUGAAUGCGGCACGAGAAGGAAAGAAACGUAAAACUGCAAAGAAACAAGAGAAACGUAGAGUUGUCGCAGGUAGUGUAUUUCCUUUCUAUGUGAACGCAACUAUGACACAUCAACCCUUUACAAGACCAAGUCUUAGAAAACCACCUACUGUAAUAGUAGACGAUGAUGAUAAAUCUAUUUCGAGGCAACGGGCUUUAACAGCUGGAUGGAAAACGCAACCACAUGUGAGUUUACUACCUCAACUAAAGCAGUUAACAACACUUAUUGAAAACCGAGAUAAAAUGCAAAAAGUUGAGGCGAAACAAAAUGCCGUUAAUGAUGUACAACAGGAACGAAUGGAACUUAUUGGUAUGUCUCAUGACGUCGUAACUAAUACGGCUGGUCCCCCACCUGUUCAUCUUUUUCUACAGGGUUCUAAUCCCCGUGUUCAAAUAAGUGUUGCUGAAGCUAUUUCUGUAGGAUAUGUAUUACAAUUUCCAGAUACAAAAAGGAUUCAGUCAUGUGUCUCUAAUAUUGACCCAGAUGUAACGAUUGGAUUACCACAACACCGUGAGAGACGACGCGAUAUGGCCCUUACUCCUAAUGAACGCCAUUAUAGACACUGUUUCCUUUUUGCUGCCUCAAAGUUGGGUGAACAUACAGCGGAAGAGGCGAUGGUACGGGAAGCUGCUACACGAGAAGCUGAAAGUAAAGGGAAAGCACAACAACUCACCAUUCUUCUUCUUGAUCAUCUUAGUGAAAGACGUCAACACUCUACGGAGUUGGGAGCCAUGACAUCAGAACCUGGACUUAAUGCUUCUACCGAUUGGAAUAGAAUUUCCUUCUUAAAAACACCAUCUCGUGAAGCGAUAAGCCCAAGGAAUCAUUCUACUCCUGGAAAACAGAGAAGUUUUCAAGCGAAUUCUGUUGUUGGGGAUCAAGCAUUUCUGCAACAACUUACUGAAAACCCUAAUAGAGCGAUGGAUUCUCUUCGAGCAAAGUUUAAUAUUCCCCCAGAGAGUGGUCUUGGUCCUAAUUUUGCGACCGUGGAAGAAGCCGGGGAUGGUAGUUUCAGCCGUUCCGCCUCCGAAGGCACCGCUGGCCACGCGGGGCAGGGCGAGAGUGUGAUGGAGCGUCUCCGCCGAGUGACGAUGAACUCCGACCUGACGGGAGGAGGCGAAGGCGCUCCCACCGGUCCUCCCCCGCGUGUGCCUGGCAGCCAUGCGGAUGAUAAGGGACCUAAUAAAUCAGAAGAAGGGGAAACAGUGAUGGAGAAGUUUAUGAGACGCGAGGAUGCGCCGUUAUUUAUUGAUGGAUAUGGACAACUGGGCAUGGAAGGUAGAAAUUCCCUCCUGGACGGAGAUCUCAGUAGGACGGAAACGGAUGGUGGAUUGCCAAAUGAUACCCUUUACACAAGUCAUGGUACUUUACCGCCCGAACGCGGGGAAAGACAUCACGCAUCGCAGUGGGUACCGCACAAUUUUGUGAUGCCAACAGUGAAUGAGGCAACAGCCACCAUGCGCCGCAUACAACGCGAUGUGAACGGCUUAAACGCCGUGGCGGAGGAACAACGACGUGAGAAAUUACAGAAACGCCGUCAACGCGGUGAUCACACAUCGGAGUCCUUUGAAGGUCCAGUCCCGCAGGAACUGCAGCGGGUGGUGGAGGACUGGACUGCCACUUAUCGCGCAAACGCACGGGAUCCUCUCUGCCCGGCGACCAUCCCACCGCAACUGUUGACAGAGGCGGGAACAGACUAUCUCGCAGAGGAGUUUCACAACACACGACGAUAUCAACAACAACUGCAGCGGCAACAACAACAACAACAACAACAACAAGGAGCAGAAGCCGGUUACGGGGCAUAUGGGGUAGAGAUGUGGCGUGGCGAAGUUGAACUGAAAGAUAGACGCGACGGAAAAAAUCGCGAAAUGGGACGCGCACGAAUAAGUAGAAAUCUUUUGACGGUUGUCGGGUCCAAAAAGUUCGGUGUACCCUCAAAACCGCUACGCAACCCGACGUAUGGUAUGAGUAAAGAGGAAUACCAAGAAUGGGUGACGGAGCGUGAUGCUAUUUUUGCAUCCGCAUCACGACAAAAAUGA